CAUAAUGCCGGGUGAUUCAUUUUGCUCACCAAGCUGUAAAGUAACCGGAUUUGGGACUGGAAAAGCAAUAUCGAAAAUCUUGAAAUUUCUGAUACAUUUUCUAGCCUCUUCUGUCUUGUAGAGAAUCUCAUGUGCUGACCUUAAGGGAGGAUAUUUUGGUCAGGAGCGUUACAACGUGGUUGGUUGAGAUGUCUUGGUUGUUUGGCUUUGGCAAACAAACAUCAAAAGACUUCGACAUUCCUGGUGACGUCCCGCCACCACCAAGCCCACCUGCAAGUUUACAGGAUAAAAAGCAGUCUAAAGAUACGGCUUCUGCUUACCGAUUUGAUUCAGCUGCACUUGAAAGAGCUGCAAAGGCAGCUAAAGAACUUGAAUCAUCUAAACAUGCGAAGGAAGCAUUUGAUCUAUCUCAAAAACAUGAACAAACUUUACAGAUGGAAUAUCAAUCAAAAAUGAAGGAGUAUGAGCUUGGAUUAGAACAGAUUAAAAUACAGCAAUAUAGAGCUCAGCAGGAAGAACGCAGGAAAACGCUAGAGGAGGAGGCGAGAAUACAAAAGCAGCGCGCCGAUUAUCAAGAUAUGCUGGCUCGUAAACGUCAGGAAGAUCAAAUAGCCUUACAGGCCAAAGCCCAGGCAGACAAUCUGAAAAAACAGGAGGAAUCUGUUCAGAAACAAGAAGCAAUGAGAAGAGCAACAAUUGAAUUUGAAUCGGAUCUUCGCCACAAGAAUGAAAUGAAACAAAUUGAAGCAAAGAUUAGAGGUGAAGCUGAAGUUGAACGACAAAAUCGUGACCUGCGCCUAGAACGUGCACGUGUUGACGCCCGAGAGUAUCGUCAAACGGUCUUGGAAUCCAUAACAACUGCUGGCUCUGUCAUUGGUAAUGGUAUCAGCAAUUUCCUGUCAGAACCUGACAAGAUGGCCACCGUCAUUGGUUCACUAACGUUAUUAGCUGGCGGCGUAUAUGGGGCUAAAUAUGGGAUCGGAACAUUUACUAAAGUUGUAGAAUCCCGUAUAGGUAAACCGGCACUUGUGCGUGAGACUUCCCGACUAAAUAUAGUAGAUACUUGUCGUCACCCUAUCAAGACAGCCAAAACGGUCUUUCAGCGUCCUACGGAUCCUCUAGAAGGUAUAAUUUUGCGACCUGAGUUGGAAGCAUCUUUGAGAAAAAUUGCAAUUGCAACCAGACAUACCAAAGCAAAUAGAGGCUUCUAUCGAAAUAUCCUAAUGGCAGGUCCUCCUGGUACUGGAAAAACUAUGUUUGCAAAGAGUUUGGCUAUGCAUUCGGGUAUGGAUUACGCGAUUUUAACUGGUGGAGAUAUUGCACCUAUGGGCAGUGAAGGAGUUACUGCAGUCCACAAAGUUUUUGAAUGGGCCAAAACUAGUCGUAAAGGAGUUUUACUGUUUGUGGAUGAGGCUGAUGCAUUUCUUCGUAAAAGAGACCAAGAACGAAUAAGUGAAGGUGUCCGAGCAACUUUAAAUGCAUUUUUGUACAGAACUGGAGAACAGUCUAAGAAAUUUAUGUUAGUUUUAGCCAGUAAUCAACCUGAACAGUUUGAUUGGGCAAUUAAUGAUCGUAUGGAUGAAAUUGUUCAGUUCACACUACCUGGUUUGGAAGAGCGUGAACGAUUGGUCAGGCAUUAUUUCGAUCGUUUCCUUCUUCAACCUUCGUUAACCAAAAGUCACCGUAUUCGCCUAGCUGAAAACAUAGAUUAUGCUGUAAAAUGUGCAGAGAUCGCUAAAAGAACGACUGGCCUCUCUGGACGCGAAAUUUCUAAAAUUGCAGUUGGAUGGCAGACAGCUGCAUAUUCCAGCGAAGACGGUGUUUUGACAGAAGGCAUGAUGGAUGCUGUUGUUGACAGUGCUAUUGCAGCUAACCGUCAAAAACAAGAAUGGCGACACUAUAGACUUCCUGACGCGGUAGACGCUGUUCCAAACUAGUACCACUUACAAUAAGGAAGCUACCAGCUUUUGCAUUAUGCAUCACAUCUGUUAUUUACUACUCUAUACAUAUGAUUCCCUGUGUACCUAAUCAGUAGUCUUUUUGAGAUAAGAUCAAGUAGCUUUUUCAAUCGCUAGAUAUAGUAUAAAGUCGUCAACUAAUUUUCUCCAUUAACAAAAAGCUUCUUAUGUCUUCACGCAAUGAACCAACAAUGAAAUUUUUUUACAAAUCCAUUAAACGGUUCUGUGGGCACUUCAACGGUC